UCACUUUCAGAAUCCUGGGAUGUACACCAUCUGGUCCAGAAUGGGACGAGUUUCCAUGUCUUUGAUCAGGGCAGGUUUGCUAAGGAAGUGCUGCCUAAAUACUUCAAACACAACAACAUGGCCAGCUUCGUGAGGCAGCUAAACAUGUACGGCUUCCGGAAGGUGGUGAAUAUUGAACAGAGUGGAUUGGUGAAACCGGAACGGGACGACACGGAAUUCCAGCACGUGUACUUCCUCCGCGGCCAGGAGCACUUGUUGGAACACAUCAGGAGAAAGGUAUCAGUUGUGAAGAGUGAAGAGACCAAAGUACGCCAGGAGGACGUCAGCAAGCUGCUGUACGACAUGCAACUAAUGCGAGGUCAUCAGGAGAGCAUGGACUGUCGGCUAAAGGACAUGAAACAUCAGAAUGAAGUUUUGUGGCGAGAAGUUGUGUCUCUUCAGCAGAAGCACAGUCAGCAGCAGAAAGUGAUCAACAAGCUGAUUCAGUUCCUGCUCAGCCAACUGCAAUCAAACCACGGCAGCAUGGGGCUGAAGAGAAAGCUACCUCUGAUGCUGGAUGACAACAGUCCUAUGCCUCCUGUCACCAAAUAUGGUCGACAUCUGUCAAUAGAACCUCAUCAGGAUCCCUAUUUCAUUCAGUUGCCGUCCACAGAAGCUGCCUUGUGCUCCACAGCCUAUACCAACAGCCCAGUUUCUGAAGGGCCAAUCAUUUCUGACAUCACAGAUCUCCCCCAGCCCAGUGGUGCUACCAGUCAGCCUGCACGGAAGGAGCAGAGGGAGAAGUGCCUGAUGGCUUUUAAAGAGGAGCCGGCUAGCCCGGGGAUCGGAGUCCAGGUCCAGGCGGACACAAUGGUUCCGGGGAAUCCAUGCUCUGCAUGUCUGGAGCCUCCUGUGUUACCGGUCUCAGUGGUUGAGUCUGUUUUGGAGGGGAGACCCAGUUACACCACAGGGCAGCACAUGGACAGGAGGGGAAAGGUUGCUGCUGUAGACAGGAACAAGGCGUCUGACCACAUGCAGAACAUUGAGAUGAACGUGGAUGGUUUGCACUCAGUGCUUCGCAGCCAGCAGUACAGUCUGGAGCAUUCCACAAUCAUGCACAUCUUCAACCCAACUUUCCCUCUGAAUGAACUGAACCUGUCUAAUAUGGAGGCAAAUCUUGCAAUGAUCCAGAAACUGAAUAUGGAUCCAGAGCUGAGGCCAAUCGAACCGUCCAACAAAGCCCUGAAAUCUGGAGCAAACUCAGGAAAGCCACAUCUUCAGCAAACUACACAGCAUUUCCUUCCAGAGCCCCAUCCUCCAAUCAAUCCGGAACUCUCCAGCCUAGACAGUGACACGACGCUCUUCGAGCUUACCGAGGAGUCUGCAGCCUAUUUCCCAGACCCCGAAGUGGCACAGGAGGAAUUCUGAAGCAAACAGCCCAAGUCCUAGCACCUUGCCAGGCAGAGUCUCGCACCCUAGCCACUACCAUGGGACUGUGCCACAACAAAGCAAACCUUCCGUCAGGAAACAAAAACCUUUCAGGGCAUCCCAAGAUUUACAGAUCCCACCAAGUGGCUGCCCUCUGGUGACUCUGGCUCAAGGAAGUCACUUUUUUCAAUCUGCACCACCCCCUUCCACCGCCUCACUCUGCCAACCCCAUGCACUUCCUCUUCACUGCGAUUGGAGGAGACAAAUUCCUGCUGGAAAUGAUAGUUAUUACUUGGGGUUGGGGCAAGGUGGCAGAAUCUUCUCUCUGUCUUAAGAGUUGUUUGCAAGGAAAAAUGCAAGAUAGGAAAUGAACCUGUGAUGAUUCUUUGCAUGAGUGCUGAGAUCUUGUCCACCACCACGUUUUGCCUUGAUCUUUUUAGGUUCUGUUUCAGAAUUCUUGUUUGUGUGUUACCCAUCUACAGACAAAGAAUGGUAAUGAUUUCUGUGUUUGUACAUUGCAGCACAAUACUAAGCAGAUUUUAUUUUUUAUUCUAUAUAUUUGCAUUGGUUAAAAGUGCUAAGCUUGAAAGGUUGGGUUUGAUAUACUGAUAUUCCAUUUGGAUUAUUUUUGACCGAGAUAUUGUGAUAAAUCUUUACACAUUCAAUAAAAAAGUUGA